ACAGCCGGAGCCCGCGCCCCGCGUCCCGCCGCCCGAGCAGCAUGUUGCGCGCCGCUGCGCUCGCCGCCGCCGGCCUCCGGCCCUUCCUGGGCCGCCGCCUCCUGUCUGCCGCCGCCACCCAGGCCGUGCCGGCCCCCAACCAGCAGCCGGAGGUCUUCUACAAUCAGAUCUUCAUAAACAAUGAGUGGCACGAUGCGGCCAGCAGGAAGACCUUCCCCACGGUCAACCCGUCCACCGGCGAGGUCAUCUGUCAGGUGGCUGAAGGGGACAAGGAAGACGUGGACAGGGCAGUAAAGGCCGCCAGGGCCGCCUUCCAGCUGGGCUCACCGUGGCGCCGCAUGGACGCGUCCGAGAGGGGCCGGCUGCUCUACCGCCUGGCGGAUCUGAUCGAGCGCGACCGGACCUACCUGGCGGCCCUGGAGACCCUGGACAACGGCAAGCCCUACGUGAUCUCCUACCUGGUGGACUUGGACAUGGUCCUCAAGUGCCUGCGGUAUUACGCCGGCUGGGCUGAUAAGUACCACGGGAAAACCAUUCCCAUCGACGGGGACUUCUUCAGCUUCACGCGCCACGAGCCCGUGGGGGUGUGCGGGCAGAUCAUCCCGUGGAACUUCCCCCUCCUGAUGCAAGCGUGGAAGCUGGGCCCCGCCUUGGCGACUGGAAACGUGGUCGUCAUGAAGGUGGCCGAGCAGACGCCGCUCACUGCCCUCUAUGUGGCCAACUUGAUCAAGGAGGCUGGCUUCCCCCCCGGAGUGGUCAACAUCGUCCCAGGAUUCGGUCCCACCGCCGGGGCUGCCAUCGCCUCCCACCACGACGUGGACAAAGUGGCGUUCACUGGCUCCACCGAGGUUGGCCACCUGAUCCAGGUUGCCGCAGGGAGCAGUAACCUCAAGAGAGUGACCCUGGAGCUGGGGGGGAAGAGCCCCAACAUCAUCAUGUCCGACGCCGACAUGGACUGGGCCGUGGAGCAGGCCCACUUCGCCCUGUUCUUCAACCAGGGCCAGUGCUGCUGCGCCGGCUCCCGGACCUUCGUGCAAGAGGACGUUUACGCCGAGUUCGUGGAACGCAGCGUGGCCCGGGCCAAGGCCCGCGUGGUCGGGAACCCCUUUGACAGCCAGACCGAGCAGGGGCCGCAGGUGGACGAGACGCAGUUUAAGAAGAUUCUGGGCUACAUCAAAUCUGGAAAGCAAGAGGGGGCGAAGCUGCUGUGCGGCGGCGGGGCGGCCGCUGACCGGGGCUACUUCAUCCAGCCCACCGUGUUCGGAGACGUGCAGGACGGCAUGACCAUCGCCAAGGAAGAGAUCUUUGGGCCGGUGAUGCAGAUCCUGAAGUUCAAGACCAUCGAGGAGGUUGUUGGGAGAGCCAAUAAUUCCAAGUAUGGGCUGGCUGCAGCUGUCUUCACAAAGGACCUGGACAAGGCCAAUUAUCUGUCCCAAGCCCUUCAGGCAGGCACUGUGUGGGUCAACUGCUAUGAUGUGUUUGGGGCCCAGUCCCCGUUUGGUGGCUACAAGAUGUCGGGCAGCGGCCGGGAGCUGGGCGAGUACGGUCUGCAGGCCUACACCGAAGUGAAGACGGUCACGGUCAAGGUUCCCCAGAAGAACUCGUGAGGAAGCACGCUGCCUCCCUGUGCACCGGGCAGCUGCUCAACAGAUCGGCCAGAGAGCAGGAGAGAGGACCCUUGCACGCAUGCUGCACUCUGUAGAAGAAAUUUUCCCACAAAUCGUUUUUGGCGAGGAAGUCUGGGGUCUGGCCUGACGCCAGGGUGGGCUGGUGGGGUGAGGGGGGUCAGGAAGGCUUUCAGGCUGCACCGACUCUCCCAGCUUUCCGGGUGAUUUUUAAAUUGGAUUCAGAUACCUUAUCCGUCUGCUGACAGCUUCUGUGACCCGCCUCAUGGGAGGAGAAGUCACUGUUCACGGCUGAGACGCCCGCCAGCGCCGCGCGUUGCACUCUGCACUAAAUAGAGCUCAUUAAAGCAGUGCCGUCCUCA